AUGUGUUUUGUUGUCUGUAAUUCACCGGACACAUUAAUGUGUCAUAUUGUACGUAAUCACCAAUAUGAUCCACUAUUCAAAGUGACAUGUACAGAAACAGGAUGCGGUGCAACUUAUAAAAAAUGGAAAUCAUUUCGCCAACAUAUUUUUAGGAAACAUUCAGUUUUGUCUCAGAGGUUAAAUGACAUCAACAACCUAGUUGAAGAAAGAUUAGCUGAUGAUGUGCCUCUUGAUACCGAUCAAAACGAUGAAAAUGCAAACGCUUUAGCUAUAGUUUUAUACAUGGAUGAGUUAGGAGUUGCUAAUCCACUAGCUUCUAGUUCUAAAACCCAAAAGUUAACAAUGUUCUAUUGGACUCUUGCUAACAUUAAACCAAAUUUGCGUUCAUCACAAAAUGCGAUCCAAUUACUAGCUAUAGUUAAAAGUUGUUAUUUAAAACAGCCAGGUGCUUUGAAUAAAGUCUUAAAGCCUUUUAUCGAUGAUAUUAAAAAUUUGCAAACCCAAGGAAUUAACGUCACCAUCAAUGGUGUCCCGAAAAACUAUAAAGGUUCACUAUUAUUUUUUUCGGGUGAUACUCCUGCUUCUGCUUUAAUGGGUGGUUUUAAAGAAUCUGUGUCAGCACAUCGCCCAUGUCGAACUUGCAUGUUUACAAAAGACGAAAUCAAACAACAUGUUAGAGAGACUGAUUUUCUUUUACGAAACAAAGAUACACAUCAAGAACAUUUGGAAGCAAUCAACGAUAAUACAACUCAAGCUACAAAAAAUUUUUGGCAAUUAUUUUAUGGAAUUAAUACUGUAAGUCCGUUAGCAGAUAUUCCAUUUUUUGAUGUGACUAUGUGUUUACCACAAGACUGUAUGCACGUUUUAAAUGAAGGAGUUACUGAACUUCUCAAUGAACAAUUAACUGCAUUCGAAUUCGGACACUUUAGCCGAGAUAAACCAGCAAUAAUCCAAAAUAAUGACCUUGCUGAUGAUAAGAAAUUACGACAAAGUGCAGCACAAAUGUUUGUUUUAGCACAUACUUUACCAUUUUUAAUUGGCCAAUGGAUUUAUAAUAGCGAUGACGAAGGUGUUACUGAAAGGCUUGAUUGUUUAAUUUUAUUACUGCAGAUAAUGAACUUGUGUCUGGCAUAUGAAAUACACGAUGACUCAAUUGAUACUCUAAGUCGUAUGAUUGAAACGUUUAAAUUAAAAUUUAAUUCAAUGUUCCCAGAUAAAUUUAUCCCCAAAAUUCACUUUUUAGAACAUAUACCGAGAUAUAUAAAACUGUUUGGUCCAGCACGACAGCAAUGGUGCUUUCGAUUUGAAGCUGCACAUGCCUACUUUAAAGCUCUUGUAGCAAUAGUGCGAAGUUUUAAAAAUAUGCCUGACACAAUGUGUUAUCGUUAUCAAUCACGUAUGUGUUCCAGACUUUUUGUUAAUCCUGGUCAAUCAUCGAAAACUUUUUUAUACGAAGGUGAUAACAUAACGCCUGGACCAAGUGUACUUUUAGUCAAUCUACCAUAUAAAAAAUUAUUUGAUGACCUAGUUAAUGACUUUGAAAGGAGCGUGUGUUCUGUUAUGAGAUCACCGAAAGUUACUAUUCAUAGUACUAGUUAUAGCCAUGGAAGUGUAAUUUUACUAGAAUGUAACGAGGAAAUAAUGCCUAUAUUUGCGGAAAUUGAUGAUAUCUAUUAA